CCAGCGGCAGCAGAAGCCCGAGCCGGCGCGGGGCGCAGCGGCCCAGCCUGGAGCGAGCGCAGCCUCGUGCCCGCCGCCCGUGCCCGCCGCCGCUGCCGCCGCCGCCGCCGCCCGUGCCCGCCGCCCCCGGGGCAUGGCCUGUCUGAUGGCCGCUUUCUCGGUCGGCACCGCCAUGAACGCCAGCAGCUACUCUGCAGCGAUGACGGAGCCCAAGUCCGUGUGCGUCUCGGUGGACGAGGUGGUCUUGGGCAACAUGGAGGCCACCGAGACGGACCUGCUGAACGGACAUCUGAAGAAGGUGGACAACAACCUCACGGAGGCUCAGUGCUUUUCGUCCCUGCCCCGCAGGGCGGCCGUGAACAUCGAGUUCAAGGACCUCUCCUACUCCGUCCCCGAAGGACCCUGGUGGAGGAAGAAAGGAUACAAGACCCUUCUGAAAGGCAUCUCCGGGAAGUUCAACAGCGGGGAGCUGGUGGCCAUCAUGGGUCCCUCUGGGGCCGGGAAGUCCACACUCAUGAACAUUCUGGCUGGAUACAGGGAGACUGGCAUGAAGGGGGUCGUCCUCAUCAACGGCCUGCCCCGGGAUCUGCGCUGCUUCCGGAAGGUGUCCUGUUACAUCAUGCAGGACGACAUGCUGUUGCCACACCUCACUGUGCAGGAAGCCAUGAUGGUGUCUGCACAUCUGAAGCUCCAGGAGAAGGAUGAAGGCAGGAGGGAGAUGGUCAAGGAGAUCCUGACGGCUCUGGGCUUGCUGUCUUGCGCCAACACGAGAACCGGAAGCCUCUCGGGCGGCCAGCGGAAGCGCCUGGCCAUCGCACUGGAGCUGGUGAACAACCCUCCCGUCAUGUUCUUCGAUGAGCCCACCAGCGGCCUGGAUAGCACCUCCUGCUUCCAGGUGGUCUCCCUGAUGAAAGGACUGGCCCAAGGAGGGAGGUCCAUCAUCUGCACUGUCCAUCAGCCCAGCGCCAAGCUCUUCGAGCUCUUUGACCAGCUUUAUGUCCUUAGUCAAGGACAAUGUGUGUACCGGGGAAAAGUCUCAAAUCUUGUGCCAUACUUGAGGGAAUUAGGUCUGAAUUGCCCAACCUAUCACAACCCUGCUGACUUUGUCAUGGAGGUAGCGUCCGGUGAAUACGGUGACCAGAACAGCCGCCUGGUGAGAGCCGUCCGGGAGGGCAUGUGUGAUUCUGACCACAGGAGAGAGCCUGGGGGGGAUGCCGAGGUGAACCCUUUUCUUUGGCACCGGCCCUCUGAAGAGGUAAAGCAGGCAAAACGAUUAAAGGGGUUGAGAAAGGACUCCACCUCCAUGGAAGGCUGUCACAGCUUCUCGGCCAGCUGCCUCACCCAGUUCUGCAUUCUCUUCAAAAGGACCUUCCUCAGUAUCAUGAGGGAUUCGGUCCUGACGCACCUGCGGAUCACGUCUCACAUCGGCAUCGGCCUCCUCAUCGGCCUGCUCUACCUGGGGAUCGGGAACGAAGCCAAGAAGGUCCUGAGUAACUCCGGCUUCCUCUUCUUCUCCAUGCUGUUCCUCAUGUUCGCGGCCCUCAUGCCCACCGUCCUCACAUUCCCCCUGGAGAUGGGAGUGUUCCUUCGGGAACACCUGAACUACUGGUACAGCCUGAAAGCCUACUACCUGGCCAAGACCAUGGCCGAUGUCCCCUUCCAGAUCAUGUUCCCGGUGGCCUACUGCAGCAUCGUGUACUGGAUGACGUCACAGCCGUCCGACGCCGUGAGGUUCGUCCUGUUUGCCGCGCUGGGCACCAUGACCUCUCUGGUGGCGCAGUCCCUGGGUCUGCUGAUUGGAGCUGCCUCGACGUCCCUGCAGGUGGCAACCUUUGUGGGCCCUGUGACGGCCAUCCCCGUCCUCCUCUUCUCGGGGUUCUUCGUCAGCUUCGACACGAUCCCAGCUUACCUGCAGUGGAUGUCGUACAUCUCCUACGUCAGGUACGGGUUCGAAGGGGUCAUCCUGUCCAUCUACGGCCUGGACCGGGAGGACCUGCACUGUGGCAUCGACGAGACGUGCCACUUCCAGAAGUCAGAGGCCAUCCUGCGGGAGCUAGACGUGGAGGAUGCCAAGCUCUACCUGGACUUCAUCGUCCUGGGGGUUUUCUUCAUCUCCCUGCGCCUCAUUGCCUACUUCGUCCUGAGAUACAAAAUCCGGGCCGAGAGGUAAAACACCGGAGUGCCGGCAGAGGGCGGAGUAGACAGUGCGGCCCAGGGUGGCUUGUACGAUCGCGGCGGCAGGGCCGUGCCCGCGGACACAGGGACCCCCGCCGCCCAGCCCUGGCAGCGCCCUCAGGCCGCGGGCGUCAGGCCGCCCCGUCCACGCAGCCCAGCCGGGCCUUCGCUCCGUCCCCCUUUCUGGCUCCGCUGGGGAAGCGGGUGUAGAGGUGUGUCCGCGAGCAGCAUUUCACAACGCGGCGGCUGGGCGGCCGGGGAGGAAGGCCAGCGCCCGCGGCCCCGCUCAUGACUGUCGCUGUCACCCCCCCCCACGGUCUGCCUCCUUCUCCAAGAAGUCACCUUCCAAGCCAAAAGCCGAUAACUCUCAUCCAUUUGAAGAAACUGUAUCUUUUUAGUACUCGUCGAAGAACACGAUUCAGGGUAAAUAACACACUUUGCUUCGAGAGGCGAGGGGUUGAACUUCACCGCGGGGCUGGUCUCGUUUUUCGGGCUGAAGCUGUAAAAGAUGGAGACACGGUCCCCGGCGGAGAGAAGGUUCUGGAGCUGCACGCGCUCAGCCGCGCCGGAAUUUCAAGAAGUCGUGAGGAAAGCUGGAGGGUGAGGUUGGCCAACACCCCCCAAGCCUUCUGUUUCCCCCCGUGCUUCUUAUCUUAAGCAAAACUUAUUGUUUAUUUCUUCCUAACUCUCUGAACACCUUAAUUUUGCCUACAACAUGUCCAGAAAAUUGGC